GUCGGAUCCUUGUUCCUGUCUGCUUCCUCGGUGCCGCUCGGUGCCGCAGUGCCAAAGUGGAAGCCGCUCGCGUCGCUGAAAGCACUACUUGAGCUAGACGAUCGGGACAGACCUGGUGUCGCUGCGGUAGACGUAGGCACAGACAGCGAAUUGGGGGCGGUGAUUAUUGAGGUAGCGUCAAGAAAUGGGUGUGAGAAAUGGUGCAGAUCGUGCAGCGCAGAGUCGAGUUGUGGACGUGCGCAUUCGCAGCGAGCGUGAAUCCAUGCCAUGGCGAUGCGUCAGCCACAAUGACGGGCAAGAUAUGAGGGAGGACGAAGGUGGGAAAGUUAGUAAUCGGCGCUUGUAUAUACGACAAAGCAAUAUGACUGAGCAAGGAGCACAAGUCUGUGGAAGAAGUAGCGCGACCCAAGACGGACAGGAUGUGAAAGAGUGGUAGAAGUAAAGGCAGAGCUUCGCCUCCUGCUACUUCUCUCGCACCGAAGUCCCCACGCCUACUUGAUGUUCACAGCGUCUCUGCUGCCCCAAUUUUAUCAACAUCCUUCGUCGAUCCUUGCGGAGACCAUGAUUGACAGAGCCACACUCACCGUAGUUACCAAGCUGCGGGCCGAUGCGUUUGGUAUAAACGACGAGCGGGCUUUUGUCCUGAACGGAAAAGUGCCGAACGUGGCGAAAGCACCUCACUUUGAGUGCAGUCGCGGGCGCUGGGCCGCGGAGAGUACGUCUUUGUGGGCGUCGUUAAAUGACCGUUGCCCGCAAGGAGUCGGUAGCGCCACGCGUGAGAAGCGUCGUAAAGUGAUACUCCUGGCGACGAAGCUAACAAUGCUCAGCAACUUUCGCAGCCUGCUCCGCUGGACUAGGAAAAGCGCAGUAGGGUGCGGUGCGGGACGUGUAAGCCAGACAGACGAUUGCGCUAUCCAGCUCCAAGCACCGGCUUUGCCAGGCGUACCUGGAAAGCAAGAGACCGUUCGCGGCAGCAGCAAGAGCUCGGUCGCUUUGCUCGGCUGCAGUGAAGGACUGCCCGCCCUGCAAGGAAGGAGGCACGAGACGCGAGAAACGCGUCCGGACGCAGAUGCACGGAGCGUGGGACGCAACAAGGACUCGAUGGACAGACCCAGCAAGGAUGCUGUGGCUUGCUCUUGCAGUACGGCCGAGGUGUCGAGUAAACAUCUGGAGCAGCGAAACCGUUACGGGCACAUGUCUGUCUUGCGCCCCUUGCCGAUCGCAGCGAGCUGCCAAACAGUCGGAGUCCAAUUCUCGUCUGGCGCGGGUUCGCUGAUUUGCGAGUGGUGGGGCUUCGUCGUAGCGUUUGAGAACCUCACCGACGAAGGAAUUGUGGGAGGUUAUAAAACGCUUGAUCCGUAUGGAGGAGACCGAGUGGUAUGCGAUCGAUCGCACAGAUGGUUUGCGAGACCCUCUUCUGGCGCAGAAGCGGUGGAAGCGAUGGGUGGGAACAAAAAGGGUCGCAAAGGCGAGGGCCCGGUGGCUUUCGACCUGCGAGGAUCGCGCGGCGUGGGCGGAAGGCGGCCGACAAGCCAGGGGCAAGAUUGCUGCAGCGAUAAGCCGAGAGUCAGGGAGAGGGCUCUGUUGAGAACGCUUCCAAAAUCUGACUCUGGUCGAGCCGAGUCGUUGCGAGGCGUCGACAGUGCCUGGCGAUAUUUGGCAGCGCUGCCGCCUGCCAUGUACCAUUGUCGCACCCAAAAGCCAGACGAGUCACCGAGGGUCGAGCAUCCUGAGAGAUCGCGCAGAGAGACCACUCAAGCACGAUUGGCCCGAGGUCUACUCGAAUUGCACGUCAAUAUGUCUCGCUGA